AUGAGAUCCGUUCUUGUGGUCGGUGCUGGUGGACGAGAACAUGCUAUCGCUUGGCAUCUGGCGAAUUCAGGCGUAGCGGUAUGGAUGGUCCCGGGAAACGGAGCCGGCUUUCCGAAACCAGAUGUUGACAUAGCGAACGCCGACGAUGUCGUGGUAUUCUGUCGUCGAGAACAAAUUUCGCUAAUAAUAGUAGGUCCCGAAGGGCCACUGGCAGACGGAUUUGUUGAUCGGAUCGGUGGUCGAGUAGCGGUUUUUGGACCCACGCAACAAGGAGCUCAGCUUGAGGCGUCGAAGGUCUUUUCGAAAACAUUCAUGUGGAAAUACAAAUUACCUACUGCGAACUUCGCUCAUUUUGAUGACAUCGAUAGAACCCGAACGUUUAUUGAAAAAUGCGAAUGGGAUGGAAUCGUUGUGAAAGCCGAUGGACUUGCUGCUGGUAAAGGUGUCGUGGUAGCUGAUGACAAACAUAGCGCAAUAGCUGCGGCCGAAGAGUUUUUGGCGGUAAUUAAGUUUCCAGAGUUCCUUUUUAAAAUUUCUAAGGCACUUUGCUUCACCGAUGGAACAACAAUAGCCCGUAUGCCACUUAUCCGUGACCACAAGAGACUGUGUGAGAAUAACCUGGGACCGAAUACUGGUGGCAUGGGUGUCGUGGGACCUGUGACGGUUUCUGACGCUGUCAAUCAACAAAUAGACCUAUUACUCAUUGAUACCGUAGCAUCGUUGCGUCAAGAGGGCAUCAUGUAUAAAGGUGUUAUUUACGCAGGUCUUAUGAUUACUUCGAGCGGGCCAAAACUUCUAGAGUACAACUGCCGAUUUGGGGAUCCUGAAACAGAGGUGAUUAUAAUGAGACUACUAAAAUCGGAUCUAUACAGUAUUUGUAUGUCGUGUACAAAUGGAACCCUCUCUGAACACCUUCCCAUCGAAUGGGACAAGCGUCACGCGUGUGGCAUCGUGAUCGCAACCGAUAAAUAUCCACAUGGGUCCGACAAGGGCACUCUAAUAGAAACUUUAGAAGACACCGUGAUAUUCCACUGCGGGACCACUAGGUCAGCAAAUGGAAGAGUUGUGACGAACGGUGGAAGAAUACUGUGCGUGACAUCUUUAGCAGUCUCGGCCGUUGAAGCUCGCGCCAAAGCAGUCCAGGCCUGUGAAAGUGUGCAAUUCGUCGGAAAAUUCUUCCGACGAGACAUCGGUUUAGAGGGAAAAGAAAUCACGCCAUCGAUUACUUAUCAAGAUUCUGGUGUCGAUAUCGACGAAGGGAAUGCAUUCGUAGAAGACAUCAAAGCACUUGUGCAAUCCACUUUAAGGAAAGGCACCGGGCAAAUCGGCGGCUUUGGCGCUGUUGUCGACCUUACAACGGCUGGCUUUCCCAGCGGUUCGCAGCUCGUGAUUGGAAUUGAUGGUGUUGGCACGAAAAUUGAGAUAGCAGACAUCAUGGAAGACUAUACCGGUAUUGGCUACGAUGUGGUAGGAAUGUGUGUGAACGAUGUGCUCUGUCACUGUUCUACUCCGGUGGCUUUCGUCGAUUAUUUCGUCAGCGGACAACUGAAUCGUCCACGUGCAAGAGAGGUGGUCGCUUCCAUUACUCGUGCGUGUAUCGACUCAGAAUGUAGUCUUGUAGGUGGAGAGACAGCUGAAAUGCCUGGAGUCUAUAGUCCAACACAGUGGGAUCUGGCUGGAUGCGUAGUAGCUGUUAGAGAGUCGAACUGGCCACUCCUUCCUGAUUCGAAGAGUAUGCACAAAGGAGACGUCCUGAUCGGUCUUCGGUCUUCUGGGUUGCAUUCUAACGGCUUUUCACUUGUGAGAAAGAUUUUCGAAUUAAAUAAUGUGUCGUACAAGGACCGCACACCUUGGGAUCCAGAGAAAACAUUCGGAGAAGUGUUGCUUACUCCCACGCGUCUUUAUGUUCGUUCUUUACUUCCACUUCUAAAAGAAGGUUUUGUGAAGGGCUGCGCUCAUAUCACUGGUGGAGGGAUUGAAGAAAAUGCCAUCAGAAUGCUUGAUCCUACAGCAUCACUUGUAGACGCUGCUUCUUGGAAGAAACCGGCAAUUUUCGACUGGUUGGCCGCUAUGGGUCCUGUUACAGCAAGCACCAUGAUGCGAACAUUUAAUUGGUAUGGUGAACAUGGGCAAAUAAGAGAGCAGGAAAGCUAUAGAGAAACACAAAAAUCAUUUGAAGAAUUUAAUACGUUGUUGUCUUUGAUUUCGAAUAAGGAAGGAGUAAAGGGUUUGGAGAUAGCCAAUGCAAUGGGAGUCGAAACUAUUGUCAUUCCACAUACACAAGUUAGAGAAGAGGGCGACUCAAAAAUUACCGAGGCUCUACGUGCGCGAAAUGUACAACUGAUAUGCUUGGCAGGCUAUAUGAGGGUGCUAUCGGCGGAUUUCAUUCAAACAUGGCGAAAUCGAAUAAUUAACGUUCAUCCAUCGAUUCUGCCGUCGUUCAGAGGAGCUCAUGCUGUUCGAGAUGCUCUCAAGUUUGGAGCGAAAGUUACUGGCUGUACUAUUCACUACGUAGAUGAACAGGUCGACCAUGGUUCUAUUAUAGCGCAAGGCGCUGUCCAAAUAGAAGAUGAGGACGACGAGGCGUCACUUCAUGCGAAAAUCCAAGUAAUAGAACACAAAUUGUACCCGGAAGCCAUGCAACGUGUGUCUAAAAUGUUAAUUUGCAGUGAAUAA